GAUUUAAGAGAAAUAGGAGAGGCACAGGUUGAAAAGAAAGUUGAUGGACGAGAAGAGUGAGUGGAAUAAUUAGACAUAGAGGACACAAGUUUCUCGUUGCCCUUUUGUUGUCUAUGUUUAUUCCUCCUCAUCGUAAUUUAUGUUUGGCGCGCAUUAGUAGUAUUCGUAUUCGUAGUUAUCGGAAGCUUGCCUUAUUAGUUCUUCCGCUUCCAUACCUUCUCUUCUUACUCCACAUAUCUCUUCCAUUCUUCCCUCAUUUUCGGUCACCGCCAACAUCUUCUUCCCUCAAUUUGCAGACAAGGAGAUUUUAAAACGAGGGAUGGAAGCUCAUCAAGCAAACGACAUAUCAUACAAUAUGGCAGAAAUUAGUGAAGGUGAACAUAGUGAAGUUGAACAAGUUGAACAACCUUGUGGUGAUGUUGUAAUAUCCAUUAAAACAAUGAUGGAACAAUUGCCUCCCACAAAUUUAGAAUGUAGUAUCCAUCGAGUUCCUAAAUUGCUACGUAAGAUGAAUUAUUCAGCCUAUACCCCUCAAGUCGUUUCCGUAGGUCCAUUUCACCAUCGUAGGCGAAAGGAUUUGAUAGCCACAGAACAAUAUAAGCUUCGACGUUGUGUUGACUUUCUAAACCGUCUAGAUAACAAGUUGAACUCAUUGGAAUUCCUUGUGAAAACGACUCAAAGUUGGGUGAAAGAAGCUCGAAAUUACUAUGCAGAACCCGUAAUUAUGAGUGACGAAGAUUUUCAUAAAAUGAUGCUUGUGGACGGUUGUUUCAUAGUGGAGUUUUUGAUACAACAUUAUGACUCAAAUGUUUCCUCCCAAACGAAAAACCAUUUAGAUCUUUCCUUCCACCAAAGAUAUCAUGAGAUAUAUACUGAUUUGGUUAUGUUGGAAAAUCAAGUCCCUUUCUUUGUUCUUCAACGUCUCUUCCAUCUUAUACCACAAAAUAAAAUCACCAUCCCCUUUCUAACAUUAACACAUCAGUUUUUAUUACCUAGACUUAUUGCCAAUUAUUCUCUUUUUGAUUCAUCGUUGACAAAACCAAAGCACUUCGUCGAUUUCUUAAGUUUCUACUUUGUCGUCGAUAAUAAAACUCUAAAGGACAACAAAAAUAAUCGUUGUCAGAGAACUCCUCCAUCGAUAACUGAACUUUAUGAAGCUGGUGUCACCAUUAAGAAAGCAAAAGAGGCCAAAAAUAUGAUGGACAUAAACUUCAAAAAUGGGAUUUUAACAAUCCCACCUUUAGUUAUUGAUGAUUUCUUCGAACCCAUCAUGCGAAAUUUAAUAGCAUUUGAGCAUUUUCCCUUGGGAAACAAGAGUAAGUGUAUCCAAUAUAUCGCAUUCAUGGAUGAUUUGAUAAGCACAGAGAAAGACGUGAGUUUACUUGUGCAAGCUGAAAUCAUAAUCAACGAUAUUGGAGGCAGUAAUAAAGAAGUUUCAAAAUUGUUCAACAAUCUCUGCAAAUUUGUUGAAGAGCGAUGUGAUGAUCAGUUCAACGAGAUUAGCAAAGAUUUACGUGAUCAUUGUAAUAAAAGAUGGAACAAGGCGAAAGCUUCACUCAAGCAUAACUAUUUCAAUACGCCAUGGGCUGCUAUCUCCUUCAUUGCUGCAACUUUACUCAUUAUUCUUACUCUCCUACAAACUAUAUUCUCUGAGAUAUCAGCCUUUCCUUAAAACCCAAAGAAAUCCAUAUAAUAUAUGUACGUUUGUUUUAAUUUUACUCCCUUUCUCCUUUUAUCUUGUAACACCUUAUAUUUACUCGUGUUUUUUCAAAUAAACAUGUUAUAUUUAUGUC